AUGGGGUUCAUUGAAGCCCUGAAGGUUAGCCCUGAAGAUGAUGAUAAUGAUAAAGAUGACGAUAUCAAUGAUAAAGAUGAUAACAAUGAUAAAGAUGACGAUAACAAUAAUAAAGAUAACGAUAACAAUGAUAAAGAUGACGAUAACAAUAAUAAAGAUAACGAUAACAAUGAUAAAGAUGGUGAUAACAAUGAUAACGAUGAUAACAAUUAUAAAGAUGACGAUAACAAUAAUAAAGAUGACGAUAACAAUGAUAAAGAUGAAGAUAACAAUGAUAAAGAUGACGAUAAUAAUGAUAAAGAUGACGAUAACAAUGAUAAAGAUGACGAUAACAAUGAUAAAGAUGACGAUAAGGAUAAAGAUGACGAUAACAAUGACAAAGAUGACAAUAACAAUGAUAAAGAUGACGAUAACAAUGAUAAAGAUAGCGAUAUCAAUGAUAAAGAUGACGAUAACAAUGAUAAAGAUAACGAUAACAAUGAUAAAGACGACGAUAACAAUGAUAAAGAUGACGAUAUCAAUAAUAAAGAUGACGAUAUCAAUGAUAAAGAUGACGAUAUCAAUGAUAAAGAUGACGAUAACAAUGAUAACGAUGAUAACAAUGAUAAAGAUGAUAAGAAUGAUAAAGAUGACGAUAACAAUAAAGAUGACGAUAACAAUGAUAAAGAUGACGAUAACAAUGAUAAAGAUGACGAUAACAAUGAUAAAGAUGACGAUAACAAUGAUAAAGAUGAAGAUAACUGA